CAUUGGUUUUGCAGAGCAGGAGUAACAUGGCGGCACAGUUAGCCAGCAGAAAUGUUGUUCCACUACCGCGAAGGUCAGAGCUGCUUCUCCUAAACGGAAUUUAACAGCGAGGACACAGCCCAAAGUAAUACAUCACGCUGAUAUGCAUUGAGGAUGAGUGGAGUUGGUGAAAACUCAUCUGACCCUGCCAGGGCAGAGUCACGAAAACGCAAAGAAUGUUCUGCUGAACUUCUUGGACCCAGUCCCAAGCGGAGCAACGAGAAGCGCAACCGUGAGCACGAGAACAAAUACAUCGAAGAGCUCGCCGAGCUGAUCUUCGCCAACUUCAAUGACAUUGACAACUUCAAUGUCAAGCCUGACAAAUGUGCAAUCCUGAAGGAAACUGUGAAACAGAUCAGACAAAUAAAGGAGCAAGAGAAAGCUGCAGCAGCAAAUGAGGAGGAGGUACAGAAGGCUGAUGUCUCAUCUACAGGCCAAAGUGUGAUUGACAAAGAUGCCUUGGGACCAAUGAUGCUGGAGGCCCUGGACGGCUUCUUCUUCGUGGUAAACAUGGAGGGCAACAUCGUGUUCGUGUCGGAGAACGUGACCCAGUACCUGCAUUACAACCAGGAGGAGCUGAUGAACACGAGUGUCUACAGCGUGCUGCAUGUUGGGGAUCACGCUGAGUUCAUUAAGAACCUGCUGCCCAAAUCCCUCGUGAAUGGUGUGCCAUGGUCCAGCGAGGGUCCGAGGAGGAACAGUCACACGUUCAACUGCCGUAUGCUGGUCAAUCCCCACAGCGAGAGCCAGGACGAGCAACACGAGCACGAGCCUCAGCAGCAGAAAUACGAGACCAUGCAGUGCUUUGCCGUUUCGGAGCCCAAGUCCAUCAAGGAGGAAGGAGACGACUUUCAGUCGUGCCUGAUCUGUGUGGCUCGCAGGGUGCCCAUGAAGGAAAGACCCAUGCUUCCCACGCACGAGAGCUUCACCACACGCCAAGAUCUACAAGGUAAGAUAACGUCCCUGGAUACCAGUCUGCUGCGGGCAUCCAUGAAGCCAGGCUGGGAGGAUCUGGUUAGGCGCUGCAUCCAGAGGUUUCACCUGCAAAAUGAUGGAGAGAUGUCUUUUGCCAAGAGACACCAGCAGGAAGUGCUCCGCCAUGGUCAAGCGUUCAGCCCCAUCUACCGUUUCUCCCUCUCUGAUGGAACCAUCGUGUCAGCCCACACUAAGAGCAAACUGGUGCGCUCGCCUGCCACCAACGAACCCCAGCUCUACAUGUCCCUGCACAUUCUACAGAGGGAGCAGACAGUAUGUGGAAUGGGCCAGGACAUGGGUCCUGGCAAUCAAGCCACAGGGAUGGCUCCCAAGCCAAUGAACUCCUCCACUCCCUCCAUGACUCCUCCAACCCCAGGCAGUUUGCCAGGUUCGGGACCUCAGGGCCAAGACACUACCAUCAGCAGCAACAGCACGCCUUUCUCCCCUCCUGGCCCUGCUGGCCCCAGAGAACCUGCAGCCAUGGGGGGCCACAUGCAGGGCUACCGUUUUGGCUGUCCCCCACCACACAACCACACUGGGGGCAUGCAGCCACCCCAGCAGGGCCCAAACUGGAGAAUGAACAGCCCUUCUCGUGCCAGCCCCAGCCCAGCUGGUGGACCCCACCCACCUCAACAGAACUCUAUGCUGUCCCCUAGGCAUCGUGGGAGUCCUGGGGGGGCAGGCAGCCCUCGUGUAGCAGGAGGCCUGCAUUCACCCUCUCCAAUGGGUAUGUGUGGUGGAGGGCCUGGUGGUGCAGGUAGUAGUAGCACGACUAGCACCCAUGCUAACAGCUACACUAGCAGUUCUCUGUCAGCUCUGCAGGCUCUUAGUGAGUGCCAUGGUGUAGGACAUGGGCCCCCUCAUGCACACACACUGGGUUCUCCGGACCGGAAGAUAGGCUCCCCAGCUGGGGUCACACAAGGGUCAGGGGUAAACUCACAUUUAAUGUCAAAACUUGGUGGAGGCAGUGGUGCCACUGGUGGUACAGCAGAGUCAUUUGGCUCUCACACAGAGGUGGGUCAGGGGCACCCACAGGGCCCGACAGAAAGCAGCCUAGCUGAGCCUAAGGAGGAGAGGGAAGGGGCCCUUGAGGGCCAUGACGCUCACAACCGUCUGCAUGACAACAAGGGUCACACCAAGUUACUGCAACUGCUCACCACCAAGCCAGAGCCUCUGGAGACACCCCUUUCACCUGGUGGAGGAGGUGAAGGGAAGGACCAGGCUGGGGCAGGGGUUCGAGGUGGCCACACGGGAGGGAACACUCAUGCCACAUCCCUUAAAGAAAAACACAAGAUCCUCCACCAACUGCUUCAGAACAGUACGUCCCCUGUAGACCUGGCCAAACUCACUGCGGAGGCUACAGGCAAAGAGGUUGGUCAAGACCCAAACCAGGGUGCUGGUAGUACAGCUUCUGGGGCAGAAAUGGCUCCUAAGCAGGAGCCCUUGAGCCCCAAAAAGAAGGACAAUGCCCUGCUCCGCUACCUACUGGAUAAGGAUGACACUGUAAUGAAGGACAAGGUCCCUAAGCUGGAGCCUGGGGAAGUGAAGGUCGAAGGGGGCAAACAUCCCCUUGUCAAAGCGGAGAAACAAGAUGCAGGAUAUGACCGAGCUGAACAGUCGUCGGAGCUGGAUGACAUCCUGAAUGACCUGCAGAAUGCUCAGCCGCAGCUUUUCUGCGAGCCACGGCCUGUUUCGUUGCCCAGUCCCAUGGACAAACAGAAUAUCAUCAAUGACAUCCUGCAGAUGUCAGAGACCAAUCCCGCCCUGGCGGCACAGCAGCAACACAGGAGUAUCGGGCCUGGCAUGGCCCCAACUAACUUUGGCAAUGUCCGGCCAGGCCAGCCGGGCAGGGGUCUGCCUGUGAGGAGCGUGUCUUUAGACAUGAAUGUGUCACCCCAGCAGCCCUCAUUACAAUACCCCAUGAGGGCCACAAGCCCAUACACUCUUAUGCAGCAGCAACAGCAGCAAGGCAUGGUGGGAAAUCACAACAUGAUGGCUAACCAGGCCAGCAUGGUCAGCACAGGACAUAUGGGUCCAGGUGGUCCACGUCCAGGCAUGCAGCAACAGGAGGGCUGGGUGGGCUCAGCUUCUGCCCCUCCUCUGGGAGCGUCUGGCUCCGGACAGCAAGGUGCCAUGCAGGGCAGGAUGGGUCCCAACAGUGCUCCCAUGAGGCCCAACAGCCAGCCAGGGCCCCGGCAGCUGCUGCAGUCCCCAAUGAUGGCCAAUGCCCAACCUGACAUGGAGAUUGGUAUAGUUGGCCACCAUUUCUCACAACAACAAGCUCCACCCAAUCAGACAGCCCCCUGGCCAGACAGCAUGAUGCCCAUAGACCAGACUGCUUUUGUAAACCAGAACCGGCCGCUGCACUCAGCACCCCAGGAUGACUUACUGUGUAGUACAGGUCAUGGUUCAGGCGAAGGCAGUGGAGUAGACGAGGGGGCCCUGAUGUCCCAGCUGUACACUGCACUAAAAGAUUUUGACGGCUUGGAGGAGAUUGAUCGUGCCCUCGGGAUCCCUGCUCUGAUAGAACAGACCCAGUCACUGGAGCAGGACCAGUUCCCCCAGGACCCCUCCAUGAUGUUGGAGCAGAAGCCCCCAAUGUACACCCAGCAAUUUGCCCCCCCACCAUCCCACAUGGCCCAAAGGGGCUACCCUGGUGCGCCCAUGCAAGAGCCAGGCUUCCAUCCCAUGUCUGGCCAGAUGGGUCCAAGGCAGGGUUACCCCAUGAUGAGGAUGCAGGCCCGACCCGGACUCAGGCCCGCCAGCGUCCCCAACCAGCCCAACACACUACGGCUACAGCUCCAGCACCGGCUACAGUCACAGCAGAACCGUCAGCCAAUGAUGACUCAGAUGAGUAGUGUGUCAAAUGUGAACCUACCUCUUAGAGCCAGUGCUCCAAACCAGGGGACCAUCAAUGCUCAGAUGUUGGCGCAGCGUCAGCGGGAGCUGCUGAGUAAUCAUCUGAGACAGAGGCAGCAGCAGCAACAGGUCCAGCAGGUCCAACAGCAAAGGAGCAUGGCCAUGAGGGCCCAGGGCCUCAGUCUGCCUCCCAAUAUGGCUGCUGGAGGCAUGAGUAACCCCCGGAUCCCCCAGGCCAACCCCCAGCAGUUCCCCUACCCACCGAGCUACGGUACCAGUACAGGCCUGGCCUCGCCACCUCCCCCUACCAGCCCCUUCUCCUCCCCUCUCUCCCCAAGCCUGCCCUCUCUCCCUACCAACCCUCAGCUCCACCUGCAUGGCACCUCCUCCUCCUCCUCCUCCUCUUCCUCACAGAUGAUGAUGGGAAAUACAAACAUGAUGGGCGGACAGUACGGGGCAGUACUCCCCCAAAUGCAGCACAGUGCCUUUCAGUUUCCCAACUCAGGUAUGAGCCAACAGGCAGAUGGAGGCUUUGGGGGUCCCGGCACACCGCAGAGCCCCCUGCUUUCUCCUCGCAUGGCCCACACCCAGUCCCCAAUGAUGCAGCAGGGCCAAGGAAACGCUGCUUUCCAGGGCUCCCCUGACAUGAAUGGCUGGCCACAGGGCAACAUGGGAGGGAAUAGUAUGUUCUCACAGCAGCAGGCAUCACCCCAGUUCACCCAGCAGAAUAACAGCAACAUGUACAACGGCAAUGGCAUGAACCUCAACAAUGUCUCUAUGGCCCCCAACAUGGCAACCAGCAGCAUGAGCAGCAUGGGCCAGAUGGCUGGACAGAUGAGUGUCACGUCCAUGGCCUCAGGGCCUUCACCCGGCCUGCCCUCCAUGGGGCAAGAACAGAAAUACUGUUGACCCUCAUGGAGUUCUUAACCUGAACCUCAAUGAUCAGCUGGUGCAAGGAGCGUGUCGGCCCUUUAAAAAUUGUACAAACAUGUAACCAACCGAAAGCCCCUUGGACCAGCUAGGCCGUGCCCUGACCCCGUCUCCUCAGCCCAAGUUUGCCGUCUGUCCUGGCUGGGCCUCUUCGGCGACCCUGGAGGAGCCCGGCCCCGAACAGACACAAGAGUGUGAAAAGGGCUGGGGAAGGAUGGUGGAUCUCUGUCCAACAUGCCUAACCCUCCUGGAGGAGAGCCUCGCAAUGAGCCAGUCUGUCUGCCUGUCCAGCUGCAUUCACCGUAGUGUGACUUACUGUAGGCCUCCUGGUGGGGGACACUGACUUAAGGGGGCAGCAGUGGGUGGGAUCCCUCGUUCUGAUGAAUGUAUUCCUCUCAGUGGACAGCGGCCAUUUACAAUCUCAUCUCAAAAAUGACGUACACUGAUUUUUUUUUUUUUCUUUUGUCCUACCUUUUCUCACACAUUUGUGACAUUUCCACAUAGUUCCAAAAUGGCAGCAAAGACUCCAAGAUAUGUUCAGAAUUAUGGACGGAGCUCAAAUACUUAGCCGGGUUUGCCUUUUUGCUGUUCUUUAUUUUAUUAUUAUUAUUAUUAUUUUAGUUUGUUUUUUUCCUUGUUGUGAGAAUUAAGAUGUAGAAUGAAGAUAUGGUUGAAAAAACUGAUCUUGAAAAACACUGCAGAAGAAUGGUUUGAGUGGAAUGGUGAUUUGUAUGAUUAGACUAAUUUAGUCAAGAGGUUUAUAUAGUGUAUUAAAUUAAGUUUUAUUUUUCUGUAUAGAUUCAUUUUAAUUAUUGUAGAUUAUUCUUUAUCCUUGUAGCAAGAAGAAAAAAUAUUUCUAAAAGUGUGACAAAGGCACUUUUUUAUAUAAUUUUAACAGUAAUGGUUGUAUUCUUUCUGAGAAGAUUCUUCUAUUAACCUGAAUAAUGGAUUAUACUUUGGUCCUGUAGUUUCAGAGGAUGUCAAAAUCGAAUAUGGUUUAAAAAGGAAUUACUGAGAUUGUACAUACCAAUAAGUAAGACAUUUUCUUUCUAUUUAUUUUAUUCCGUAGGGUUUUUGUUCCCCCCUGUCUGGUCACAACUGUCUCUUGAAGCAGAGCCGGUUCUUUUCUUUUUUUUGUUCUUUUUUAUUUUAUAUUUUUGUUUUGUUUUUGGGAAAGUGGAGUAGGAGCCUUCACGUUCAGAUGUUCUGGUACGAUGCAGACAGGGGUGGGGGUGGGAGGUAGGGAUGGGUUGUAAGGGGGUGUGCUGUGUAUACAGUGUACAGAUUAUCGCUUGCUUCUCUGCCUUUAGCAUAGAACCCCACGAAAAAAGAAAAAAAAACAGGACAAAUUCAACACAGCCAUACAAUAACUCAAAAAAAAUAACAGAAGUGUGCUUUCUAUGUUGUCUGGAGUGAAAAAUGCUUCAUACAAGCUGCUAGGUGCAAACUGUUCUGGUGUGAUGUAAACAAGCAAUAACGAUUACUUGAGAAUCUCUUGGGGGUUUUUUGUGUUUUUGUUUUUGUAAUUUUUGUACAGUUUCCUGAAUAAAAGGACACAUUUUUGCUCCACGUUUGGAUGCAGUAUUAAACACAGUUUUUUAUUGCAGUUUGUACCAAGAAAGUCUACAUCCACACACAGCGUUCCUAUUAGAUUAUGCAGCAUUGGCUGAGGAAUGGAGAGGGUAGUAGUAGGUGAUUGUGGGCUCUGGUCCUCUACCCCCCUCCCCCCCCCCCCCCCCCCCCCCGUUGAUACGCGCCCUCUCUGCCUCCAGCCAUUCUUCUAUAGCAGAGGUCAGAGUUAAGACUGCACAGUUCACGAGACCUGCUCUGACAGACACUUAGCCAUAUUUUAUGACCUCAGGCAGUUAGUUCAACUAUAAAGUGUUCAGUGUUGACAUGCUAUUCUUGUGCCCCAGAAGGGGUUUGGUUUGACCCUCACAAGAUCAAAAGCAAGUCAACUUCUCUAACCUCAGAAGUACAUUUUCCUCAAAAGAAAAAAAAAGAUGAUAACUUUUUAUAUCAACUAUUUUAACCCAGGACAGACUUGGAGCAAGCCAAAUAAUCCUCACCUUUCAAUUGGAUUCCUGAAUCCCACAAGCUUUCUUUUUUCCCAUAGUGAGAGAUGGAUUGUUGUUUAGCAUGCUUUGAGACCCAUAGUAAACAAGUAAUUUAUGAUGAUGUCACUUAACAGGGUCUAAUGUAGAUGUUUCAGCAUAAAACAGGAAGAGAAUCAUUCUGAAUGUAUUGUCAUUAAAGGCCUAAAGAUGUGACUGAUGGUGUUCCUUGUCAACAUGUUGACAACAUGGUGUGCAGUUACACCGUGAUCUUCUCAGUGUUUACACAGGAAGUUGCCCAUUGUUGCUUCUUUUUUGUUGUUGUUGGGUUUUUUUAAUUAAGUUCCUGUAAUAAUGAAUUUGAAGCAUCGGCAAGUCAACUCUAGGACAAAUAAACUGCAUUAAUGGUUGUCAUCAUUGCAGAUGUCCUGCAGUUGUUUUUGCUGUAGGCCUACUAACAGAUCACACUUUUUUGAUAAAUGCUGUUUUGAUUGUAAAAUACAGUCGUGCAGAGCAAGCCUUUUCGAGCCAUUUUAAAGAAUCAUUCACAGCCCUUUGCAAAAUUUCCAAAGAUUGUCAAGAUUUUGAAAAGACAUAAGCCAUGUGGUAGCAAUGCAUUUUUUAAGCAUUUAUAAUGAGGACAGGUGCAAAUAAAUGAUUUUGCCCCUUACAAAUAUCCAGGCUUUGGACCCAACAAAACAACACUAUUUUUUCUCUUUAAUUUAUGGUUUUGAAGAACUUUAAAUGCCCUUUUGUAUUGUCUGCCAAUUUCUUAGAGCUAAGAUGCAACCUUGAAAUGCUAAAAACCCUAGCAUAAUGCCUUAGAUUUCGUCCGUUCUCGUUAUUGUACAUUACACCGCUGUCUGUAUAAAUUUGUAUAAUGAAUUGUGUACAAUAUUGAAUGGGUGCAGCAUUGUUCAACUCUCUUCAGUUGCUGGAGACUUGGUCACAGUUGAACUGUCCCUCAUCAUUGCUCUCUGUUCUGUGUUGGGUUGAAGACUUUAUUAUUUCAUUCCCCCCCUCUCACUGUUUGUAUGGAAAAUAUGAUACAUAGGGAUAUUGAAGCAAUAUGUAAUAUACUAUAUGGACUUUCUGAAGAAAGCUUGUUGUGUUCUCCUGAGAUUUUUUUUCUGCAUUGUUCACAGGAAUCACACUGUACACCCGCAUCAACCUUUGUACCCCUAGUGUGUGUGAGCGUUUUAUGCAAAAUUAGAUAUACAAGAGAAGUUAAAACCACAGUUAUGCAAGUUGUGAACUAAUAUGGCUUCGCUGAUGCUAUUUGCCUUGUAAAUAAAGAAUUCUGUUAUUGCAAU